AUGCCUAAGGAUAUGGUUCCGGAGGACUACCUGAAUAAGGACUUUGACUACACAAAGUUAACAAAAACGCAGUUGCGUAGAAUUAUGUAUGAGAACGGAAUAGAGGCCAUUCCCCCGCUGACAGCAAAGAAAUCUGAGCUAUUGGAUGCAUACAAGGAAAGUAUCCACAAUCGUAUUGAUGUAUUGAUAGGUAAAAGAAAGAACAUUUCCAUGGAGAAUUCGUUCCAAAAUGUAUCUCCAAAAAAGAAGUAUGUUUUUGAGGAGGUUCCCGACGUUCCUGUGGAAAAUGAUAAAGAUAGAGGCUCAGGCAAAAAGCCUUACUCUGCGACACCUACGCAUGAUAACAGGACACCUAGGAAAAAUAGGAAAGAAGCCGACGGGAACGCUUCAAAAAGCUUCUCUCUAAGAGAUUUCAGUUUUAUAGAGGGAACACCUUCAAACCAAGAAAAAAGAAAUAGCUUGCUAGAAGAUCAAGAAUUAGGCAGCGCAAGCUUGAUGGGUGAUGCUUCAGCAGCCAACAACUCGACUAUGGAUUUUUCCGGUUCCUCUUUCUCGUCAUCUUUUAUUCAUUCAUCCUCUUCGGAACGUUCAUCCGCUUCCAGAAAAAACGAGAAGGAGGGAAUUAGCUCUGACAUAAGAAAAAGAGCAUUUACCUCUGACCCAACCCUGGACAAGCCUGAAUUACAGUCUAAAAACUCCUCCCCUAGGUCGUCUGUCGGCUCGACGAAAAGCAGUUCCAACAGGCUAAGACCCCAAGGUAAAAAAAGUAAAUGGUGUUUUGUAGUUCUGUCAAUCAUUGGAUUUGCUGCUGCAGGGUACUUUAGGUUUGCAUGCCCAUAUUGCCUGGACGACAGGCGUCCCUGUAUUCCUUUGCCAGAACACUCUAGAGUUAUCAAUGGGAAGUUAGUUUGCGAUAAAGGAUUUAUAAUCAAGCACGGGAUUUUGAGAGAUUAUUGUAUGAAAGACAAUAGACGCGAAAAAGAGAUGUCAAGAAAGAUAAAAGAGCUAAGAAAGAUAUUAGAAAAAAGAAGUGGAGACUAUAUAUAUGGAAUGACCCGUACAAAAUCCGUUCCAGUGGAUCUCCUGACGAAAGACCCUGAAAUAGUAGAAAAACUAGGGAAGGAGGUUGGGAUAGUUGUUUCUAAUGGAAUGAUCUAUUCUGUAAAUGCAAGAGUGUCUAUUAAGACGUUUUUUAGAUACUACUUUAGAAGGAUGGUCAUGAUAUCCACACCACUGGCAAUUGUAAUUGGCAUAACUAAAGUAAUCGGGAUGUUUAGGAGAAAGAAGCAAGAAAGGAUCCAAGCAGCGCGGAAGGUAGUCAAGGACAUUGCUGAUGUUCUGGUAAGGCAAAUAUAUGUGUCGACAAGAAACUCUAAUUUUCCUAAUCAUGUGUAUAUAGAGCAGCUUAAGGAUUGUUUCGGAGUUGAUAAAAAGGUCUGGAGGGAAGUUGAAAGAAUGAUCCGAAGAAACUCUAACAUAAGAGAAUCCUGUGUAGAAGGCAAGAAUGUUUGGGAAUGGGUUGGACCUAUUCUUUACAAGCCGGAGUUUAAUGGAAGUCUAUUUUAA